GUUCUCACUCCCAACUCGUCACAUAUUGAAGCUUGGUCAGGAUCCCUUUGGCGUCAAUAUUUAACUUACUGGGCACCCCUUAGGCGUCAUGUUUCAACGUGCAGGGAAUCCCAUAGACUUCUGACCGGAGCCCGUGACGUUGACAUUUGACGUGCAGGUAACCAGACCGUUGUCUGCAGCGCGUACGGGUCGAGACUACGAUAAUUAGGCAUAAAAAAGAAAAGGCUACAAUAAUUUAGUUAUGGCAGGGCAAGUCAAUUGGCGCCCCGCGUCAUAUUUAACAGUUUUUUUUUAUUUUAUUGUAAAAAUGACGUUGGUGUCUGAUAUUAAAGAGCCGCAUGUGAAACAGCAUGCAACGGUGACUUUAACAACGCUCCACCGAGUUUUGCUAGGUAAUAGGGCUGCACAAUUAAUCGAUUUUCUAAUCGCAAUUACAAUUACAGAUGCCGCAAUUAUGUAAUGUUCAAAGUGAAUUAAUCGUUUAUAGUCCACUUAUGUUAUUCUGCAUGCUGAAGAAGUUUUUUCUUUCUUUCUACAGGUUAUCUUAAGGGUUUUUUCAUUGUUUUAAUUUUAGUAUAACAUUAUAGUAGCCUACCAUUUUUUUAAGUAUAAACCAAUCGAAUGUAUAAUUGAGAUUUAUAGAUGCUAUAGAAAAGCAAUAAAGGUUUUUCAGUUAGAGUGUUUUUUAUCUUGUUUAUGUAAAAAUAUGGCAUGCAGGUUCUUCAGACAAUGGUAUAAUCAUUCAGCGUAAAUUACUGUGAUAAUCGUAAUUAACAAUCGCAAUUACAAUUUUAUGAGAAUAAUCAACAAUUAUGAUCUUUGUCAUAAUCUUGCAGCCCUGCUAGGUAAUACUGGUAUUUGUUUGUUUGUUUUUGUUUUGUUUUUUUAUCGGAGGCUUGUUGAUGAUAAAAACGUAUUUAAUGUGCUGUGAUUGUUUGUUUAAUGAUUAAUCACUGCAGUGCGAUGCAAUCAACCUGUUCAUUCAUUCAUUAAAUUUAUUUAUUUAUUUAUUUAUUUAUGCAUUUAAUUGUUUGUUUGGUUGUUUGUUUGAUUGUUUAUCUAUUUAUUUAUUUGUAUGUAUUAAUAAAUCAAUCAGUGGCGCUGACGUCAUCGUAAGGCGCGAUCCCAAGGUCCAGUGCGAUUUUCCACUUGGUAAGUAGAGCAGUUAAUUAAUACAGAUGGGAACAAUCCAUAUAUUUAUGGAACAAAAACCGUUUAAUUGGGUCAAGACGUUGUGUUUAGAACCUUUAGAGUUGCAAGGUAUCAGUUUAUGCAGUAAAUGACAGCAGUCAUUACAAAAUAUAACUUGCUGCACCACGUGUGCAAUAGCCUAACGUUAGCUGAGUUAGCUAAUUAAAUUCAAGCUUGUGUAUUUUUACACAUACAAUCAUGCAAGGCAAGGUAAUAUAGGAGAUUGUAUGGUUUUUCGUUAUUAUAUGUGAUCGGUUACCCAUAUUAAGUUAGCUCGAUCACAACACUUUAGCCAUUUAUAAAUGUUCAGAUCAAGUUGCCAGAUUGGUGUGUUUUCCAGUAAUUGUUCAAAAUCCACAAUCCAAAAUUAUAAACACACACAUCUACUACAGUAUUGUGGCUCAUCAAAUGGCAUGUAAUAAAGGAAAUUAAGUGCUCUCUAAAGAAGGCUACAUUGUAAGGCUACGUGUCUGUCAUUUGCCUUAAAGAAAUAAAAGGGAACAACAGAAAUAUCAAAAUGCCACCUGUCUAAAGCUAUUUUAUUCCACCUAGUACAAACUAAUAUCUAAUUGAAAACUGACCAAUCUGCCAACACCGAUGGAAAAAAAAUACUGGUAAAAAUGUAAGGAGUUCAUUUGUUCUCUCUCUCUAUCUCUUUCUUUUUUUAUCAGGUCCUUCAAAUUCUCCCCUCCUUUAUUUUAACCUCCCUCAACACAAACAUACACACACACACACACACAAACCAAAGGCACUUUUAAGAGCCACGUCCGUCUUGUUACCCUGCACUUGUCUGUCUGUAGCGCUCUUUCUCCCCCUCUCUCUCUGUUCAUAUUGUCAUAUUUGUCCGUCUUUUUGUUUCUCUCUGACAAACUCUUUAUUUUAACACAUUGUCUGUCUGUCUAUUUUUUGUUUUUGUGUAUAUUUCUAUUUCUUGUCAAGUUAUGACACGGCCCAAAUUCCGACCCUGCCCAUCUUGCCAGACGCCCAAUCAGGCCAGCAGGAAAAGCUGUUAUGUCUGCUUUGGAAGUCUAUCCACUAAAAAAAAAAAAAAAUGACAAAGUGGUGUCACUGGAUAGACAGUGGGGGCAAUCUGUUAAGAAAAGCAGAAAUGUUGGCCGUGUAAUCGAUUCUGCUCGUAUUGCAGUAAGUAACAUGCAAAUGUAAUUUAAAAAUGCAAAGUGUUAUUUGAAGUGUAACUGAAAGGCCAUGUUUGUCACAUAGUGAAAAUCAUAUACGUAGCAGUAUGAUGAGGCAUUUAUAAAUGUACUCUUAUUUCCUACAGUACAAGGAAUAUUCUUUGUCUUUAAAUUGUGCUAAAUAGAAAUAAGUUGUGUUCUCUGUCAAAUAAAGGCAACAUAAAGUCAUGUUGGUAAUGGUAGAAACUGGCCUUAUCUGAAAGUAAACUUUGUACUUGUAUAUUAAAAAAAAAAAACAUUAAAUUUAAACUCCAUUAAAUGAUUUGAAAAUAAAAUUGCUUUAUACAGUACUUAUGUAUCUAAUAAUUCAGUAGGUUUAACUAAAGUGUAGUAACUGUUUUUGUUUUUCAGGUGUGGAAACUUGAGGCAGUGGGUUACAAGCCCAUUUUAUUUAUUGGCAAACAAAAUAAGGCUUCAAAUAAGUGGGUUGCAGAUGUAAUUACCCAUCUGCACCCCACUCCUGUCACAAAAAUGUUUUUGGAGAAGAUGCAGAGGGCUUAUGAAUUUAUUUUGACUAAGUCAACCUCCACAGCACAGCAGCCGGACAGUGACAUCCCCACCGCAGAGCAGCACAACAGCCCCAGUGAGGAACAGUGCAAUGGUUCCAUUUUGGAGCCGGAGAGCCUUGCCGUGGAGCAGCCGGAGCUGGAGAGCCUUGCCGUGGAGCAGCCGGAGCUGGAGAGCCUUGCCGUGGAGCAGCCGGAGCCGGAGAGCCUUGCCGUGGAGCAGCCGGAGCCGGAGAGCCUUGCCGUGGAGCAGCCGGAGCCGGAGAGCCUUGCCGUGGAGCAGCCGGAGCUGGAGAGCCUUGCCGUGGAGCAGCCGAUGAAACCCACAAAGGAGUCCGAGACUCUAUUUAUACUCAACCUUGUUCCUCUGUCUUCCCAAUACUCUUCAACCUCUCUCUCUCCUCCCUCCUCUACUACUUUUCCAGCUGGUCUUCCUUCAGAAUCUUCUCCUCCUCCACCUCCACUGCCAUGCUCUAAGUUAUUGAGACAGAGGAAGAAAAGAACAAAAACCUCAGUCUGUUCAGCAGCACCUUCUGCCACCUCUGUCUCUCUUCCGUCUCUUAUCCCCACAGAUCUCUCCUUUCCACAGUCUUGUCCUCCACCUGCUGCCUCUUCCAUCUCCCAGUCCUUGAGGCAGGAGGGGCCAUGUGUGAAAAAGAGAAGAAAGGGUUGCCGAAAAUGUAGUAGGCAGAAGAUCUUCCUGUUUGAUAAAAUAGUUGGGGAAAGAAUAAAUGAGGGAAAAGCAGAACUGAAAGUCCACUGGUUGCCUUGUACUGUGUGUGGCAAAACUUGGGAUGACACAUGGGAGCCUGCCAGUGAGUUCCAACAUUUUUUGCCAGAGUCUACAAAUCCCAACCAGCUUUCACCAUGACAGUCUACUGACCAUGAAUACCUGGACUUGUUAAGCACUCUUCAAUUCUGAGUGUUUUGUUGUUGUUCUUUUGCUUGCUGUUCUUCAUUAAAGUUUGUGCA